AUGGGCAUCUCUUGCUCUGCUGGUCGGGAUUUUGCCCGCCAUAUUACAUGGCUAAAUAUGGACUAUCUCUAUUGGAUCAUCUUUCUUGGAUCGAUGGUGGUGCUUUCCCAAGCCAUCUCAAGGCUGCUCCUGUCACGGUACUUUGCUCAGGAUGAUGAUGAUGAUGAUGAUGGCGAUGAUGGUGAGAGUGGACUGUGCAAUACACCAGGUGCCUACAGAACCGAGCUUAGAGGCUACGAGGGUACUUGGAUAUUGAAUGAAGGAGCAAGCAGAAGAUAUGUGAAUCAGGCAAUCAGUGCAGGCUCUACGUGGGUGAAGUGA